AUGCCACAUUUUCUCCCCGUGAAGCUCGGAGGAAAGAUCAGGAAGUCAACAGACUGUGCGGAAAAACGGGAAUGCAGUCUGCCGUCGUUCGAUUUUGAGACCAGGCCGCCCUUCGAGGCGGCAUUUGACGUGGAAUCUCUGUACAGGAUACGCUACAGUUGCGAUUCCCAAGAGCCACUUGCGCCCAGUGCAGAUUCUGCUUCACAAUUCAGUGAUGACCAGAAUAACCCAUUGGUGCUGACAUGGAGCGGUCCGGACGACCCCCAGCACCCUCUCAACUGGUCCCGCUCACGCAAAUGGGUCGCCACAAUUCUAGUCUCGUGCUUCACAUUCAUCUCGCCCUUCUCAUCGACGAUGGUCACACCUGCACUACCACAAAUGAGCAGCGAUCUGGGUGUCCCCGAGAACGAAUCUUUCACGCGGGUCUUGUUCAUGACCAUAUUCCUGCUCGGAUACGCGCAGGGCCCCUUUGUGCUGGCACCGCUGUCUGAGAUCUUUGGAAGGGUUUGUGUCCUCCAGUAUGCAAAUUUGGUGUACCUGGUAUUCAAUACCGCAUGCGGCUUUGCGCAGACUAGGGAUCAGAUGUUGGUUUUUCGAUUCUUGAGUGGCAUCGGUGGAAGUGCACCACAGGCACUCUGCAACGGUGUUCUGGCAGACGUCUGGCGCAAGGAGGAGCGCGGUCUGGGACAGUCCAUCUACGGGACGCUAACGUCCAUCGGACCAUGCGUCGCUCCUAUUGUCGGUGCUUAUGUCUCUCGCUCAACGUCUUGGCGGUGGAUAUUUUGGGCAACCUCGCUCUUCGAUGUUCUUGUCCAGCUUCUGGCGCUCCUGUUUCUCCGCGAGACAUAUGCCCCUGCAAUACUCGCAAAGAAAGCCAAGGCAUUGCGCAAGGAGACUGGCAAUAAGCACAUUCGCACCGAGUACGACACGCCCGAAAAGACGUUCGGGGCGAUUCUGAGGCGACGCCUGACGCUGCCGUUCAUUAUGCUGUUCACACACCCCGCUGUACAGUUUCCGUCAUUAUAUAGAGCGGUGCUUUACGGGGUCAUGUACCUGGUGCUCUCAACCUAUGAUUGGAUAUGGACGGAGGAGUAUCGCCUCGACGCGGGCACCGGGAGCUUACACUAUCUCGCCUUGUGCAUUGGUUUCUUGGUGGGCCUGCAGAUCAGUCACCCUCUCAUGGACGGCCUCUACGCCAAGCUGAAAGCCCACCAUAACACCCCGGACGGCAAGCCCGAGUACCGCGCCCCGCCAAUGGUCCUCGGCGGCCUGCUCGCCCCCGUCGGCCUGUUCUUGUUCGGCUGGGCCGCACACACGCACCAGCACUGGAUCGUGCCGGACAUGGGCGCCGCAGUGUUCUGCUGUGGCCUCAUCAUCGCGUUCCAGAGCUCGCAGGCGUACAUUACCGAUGCGUAUGGGGCUGGCCACGCCGCGAGCGCGUCGGCGGUGGGCGCGUUCUUGAGGACGAUGUGCGGAUUCGGGUUCCCGCUCUUCGCACCGAGGAUGUAUGAGAGUUUAGGGCUUGGGUGGGGCAAUAGCAUGCUUGGGUUCGUGACGCUGGCAUUGGGAGUGCCGUGUCCGCUGUUAUUGUGGGUGUUUGGUCACAAGUUGAGGGAGUGGAGCACCAGAGGCCUGUGA